UAAUUGUGGUUCGAUAUCUUAUCUGUCGGCAACCUCAGAAUUGAUCGACACAACAAACAUCUACCAGGUACCAAGGUAGGUACGGAGUAUACAUGCUACGUCUACGGUUCAGCAAUUAAUAAAUUCAUUAAUAUACACAAGGAAUGAGCUUCUCUUUUAUUCCACCAUUCGUCGCCUCCCACCCCUCCUCCCUCUGACACGAUGUCUACAGACCUCCCCUCCACCGAAGCCGAACAAACCAACCCCUCAAUCCUCCGUCUGAUCGAAUGCUCGCGCUGCAAGUUACCGUUUCAGACCCCGCUCCGACUGCCCUGCGGGAAAACGCUGUGUCGGGCGUGUAUGCCCCCCGUCCGGCGACGCGUGGGAAUCAGCUAUCCCGGCACCGAGGACCGGAAGCUCGGGUUCAGCUGCUACUGGGACGGCCGGGAACAUUGCCUGGGAGACUGUGGGGUAGACGUGUUGAUGGGAAGAUUGGUGGAAGUGUUUCUUCAGUAUACCACUCAAGGAAAACUAGAGCUUGAGUUUGAGCUUGAGCUUGAGCUUGAGCAGUUGGUGAGAGCCGUACGCGCCGAACUCGACUGCCAAGUCUGCUACGCUUUGAUUCUCGACCCUCUGACCACCCCCUGCGGACAUACCUUCUGUCGGAAGUGCGUGGGGCGGGUUCUCGACCACUCUGAUCUGUGUCCCAUUUGUCGACGGAAGUUGAACCUCCCACUGGCUGUUGAGAAGGAGCCGGUCAACGAGCGCGUCGCGACGCUCAUCGAAGCUUGGUUCUCUGACGAGGUGGCGGAGCGGCGUGAAACGUUGGCAGAGAAUGAGCACGAAGAAGAAGGAGAAGGAGAAGGAGAACAUGGUGGCGAUGGCUACGCGGGUGAUACCCUGCCCUUGUUUGUGGGCGCGUUGACGUUCCCUAUGAUGCCUGUGUUCUUGCAUAUCUUUGAGCCGCGGUACCGGCUUAUGAUGCAGCGCGUGAUGGCAAGUCCAAGCCGGCGGUUCGGUGUGCUUGCGUUCAACCGUUCCGGAGCGCCGCAGGGCGAGCUGGGCCUUUCGUUGCCGUUUAUGCAAUACGGGACUGUUAUGACGGUCGAUCGGUUCGAGCUCCUGCCCGACGGACGCAGUUUGAUUGUCGCCACGGGCUUGUCGCGCUUCAGGGUCGUCGAGUCCCGGCUCCGCGAUGGGUACUACGUCGGCAGGUUUGAGCGGGUGACUGACAUCUCGCUCUCGGAAGAGGAGGACGCGGAGAUGGCCGAGGUUGCUAGUAGGGCUGCUGCUCUGUCUAGGGAGUCACGGGAGAAUCUCGAAUCUACGGAAGAAGCUGAUGCAGAUUCUUCGGAGCAACAGCCCAUCCCUCUUGAUGCGCCGUUGGAGUCCCUGUCGACGCGGCAGCUCUUGAGGCUGUGUUUGGAUUUCGUGCACAAGCGGCAGGAAGAGGGCGUGGUCUGGCUUCAUCCCCGAGUGCGGAUGGCGUACGGCGAAAUCCCAGACGACCCCGUUCUCUUCCCGUACUGGCUCGCCACCGUCCUCAACAUUGCCGGGUCGGAGGGGUACACUCUUUUGCAUUACACCAGUGUAAGGGAGAGGAUGAAAAUGGCCGCGCUGUGGGUGAGGGAUUUUCAAGGCCGGGGCCGGCAAAGUUCAACCCGUAAGGUCUCUGCUAUCCUCUGACUAGCCGUCCCUCUCUUCAUCAUCUUUGCCGCUCUGGUUCAAUCCCUUGGGCUGGUCUUUUCG